AGGCCUGUGCUGCUGUUGCUCCUUCUCCCUGUGCCCCAGGGUUUCCUCUCUCCUUCCCAGGAGCCGCCACGUCCAGGUGCGGAAGUGUGCGGCCGAGCUCCUCCUGUCCUUGAUGGAGAGAAUUGGAGUCACAAGGCUGGCAGGCACACCCAGGGCUGAGAGGCUGGCACACGUGGCAGGGAAGCUUGCGCAGGACUGUCACAAGGACACAAGGGAAUGGAAAACCAGAAGGGUGAAUGCCCACCUGUCAAGGAGCCGGUGAAGAAGAGGAACGAUGGCUCGAAGAAGCCCCAGGCCACAUUGUCUUCUAGCAAACGGGUGAAAUCUACCUCUGAUGGACGCCUCCUACACCGUGCAAAAGCCCAGGUCACAUUACCUCCAGCUGUGGAAGAAACGGAGCUGCUCCAGAAGCUUUACAGUCUCCUGGAAGCCAAGGGCUUUCAGACACGGAUGGAAGGAGUGGCACUCCUCCAAGACCUGUGCAAAACCAGCCCCCAGCUCAUCUCCACUAACAUUGUCCAAAUUUUUGAUUAUUUUGUCCUGAGAAUAUCUGACAGCCACAAGAAAGUGAAGCAGAAGGCGCUGGACGUGCUGGCCGAAAUCACGGGCGUCCUGGAGGAAGCCUUGAACCCGGUGAUCAUUGGUUUGGUGGAAGGAAUAACAAAGAGCCUGAACUCAAAGGAUCCCAGGGUUCGUGCCUCAGCCGUGAAAGCACUGGAAGAAUCCAUUGCUCAUUUAGAUAAAGUAUCACUGCUGAAAGAGUUCAGCUACCAAUGGAAUCAACUGAGUGGCCAAGCUCUGCUGGAUGUCGCGGAGCGUAUCACAGUGCUCGUGGAGUGGGUUUAUGCCAGGAGCCCUGAAGUUGUCCAGCAUGACGCCCUGCCCGUGCUCUGGUCCUUCCUGGAGAACAAGGCGCUGCCUGUCCGAAGUGCCAAUGUCCGCACUGUGGCCACCAAGCUUGCCUCGGCCCUCUACAAGGUGAUGGGCAGCAAGCUGAAGAAGUGUGCUGCCAGCAAGCCUCCACAUGUGCAGGACAACCUGUCCAAAAUUUUGGGCUGGUGAAGGCGUGAUGUUCUCCAGGAAGCUGAGGAAGUGCUGAGUUGGACACCUCCGGAUCUGCCUCUAUAGCUGUGCCAAAAAUGCUGCAAUAUUAAGGAAGGGUGUGCAUCUGCCCCAGCUCUCUCCAUCGCCCUUCCUAGUCAUGGCAUGGGGGGCCUGAAGCAACUCCAGAUUGAGGACAAGGUGAAGGCCGAUCAUGGCUCAGCCUCACCCAGAGGCCUGACUGGUUACAGUCUUACCGAGACGUUUUCUCUGGACACUUCGAUGUUGCCUUUCCCACAGUCCUUGCCUCCCAUCCAGAAGAGGUCUGCCCUCCAGGCUCAGGAGGAAGCUGCUGCCCGUCUGAAGAUUGUUUGAAGAAUAGGAUUUAUGUGUUAGGCUUCAUAGUUAUAGAUGUACAUAUGUUCUGAUCCUUAGAUGUAGUUUUGAAUAAAUGUGUUUCGACUGUA